GAGGGCUGUUUAUUUUUGGUUUUUCAUCGGGUAGCUGUGCUCCGCGCUGGCAAUUCGCACGAGUAAUGCGCUUCCUGGCCGCGUCGAACCGUGCACUGUGCUCAAAAAACAGCUGACGAAGCAGCAAUGACCACGGAAACGAAAAUGAGCAGCUCCGAGGAGGUGUCCUGGAUCUCGUGGUUCUGCGGCUUACGUGGGAACGAGUUCUUUUGCGAGGUGGAUGAGGACUAUAUUCAAGAUAAAUUCAAUUUAACGGGACUAAAUGAACAAGUACCACAUUAUCGUCAGGCAUUAGAUAUGAUUCUUGAUCUUGAACCUGAUGAUGAUCUGGACGAUAAUCCAAAUCAAUCGGAUUUGAUCGAGCAAGCUGCAGAGAUGCUCUACGGUCUCAUCCAUGCACGUUACAUUCUUACCAAUCGCGGCAUUGCUCAGAUGAUCGAGAAAUACCAAGCGGGUGAUUUCGGUCAUUGUCCACGUGUUUAUUGUGAAUCCCAGCCGAUGUUACCGCUAGGACUUAGCGAUGUUCCUGGCGAGGCAAUGGUCAAGAGCUAUUGCCCUAAGUGCAUGGACGUUUAUACACCUAAGAGUUCGAGACAUCAUCACACUGACGGAGCGUACUUUGGAACAGGAUUUCCACAUAUGUUGUUUAUGGUCCAUCCUGAAUAUAGACCAAAACGUGCAGCAAAUCAAUUUGUACCUAGAUUAUACGGCUUUAAAAUUCAUCCUGUAGCAUAUCAGAUCCAGCAACAGUCUGCGUCCACAUUCAAAGCACCAUUACGAGCUCUCAACUAUAAUAACGGAAAACGUUAAAAUUAUUUUAGCGAGUAGCCUAGAAUACUUCCUUUUAUUACUCGCAAUUCCUAAUUUCGUCCUUAAAGAUUUAAAUAUAAUAUUUUUUAUAUCUGUUUCCUCAAUACGUUGCCGUACGAGGAGGACACGUUCUACGAGCCGCUCAUUAUAGUUCUUUCAAUUCGCUCAUUGUCUUGACACUCUUGAAUUAGUUCCUGACAUUGAACGAAGAGAAAAAGAGGAAAAGUGAAAAGGGGGAGGGAGUGAGAAAGAGAGAGAAAAGAGGGGAGGCGAGUGUUUAGUUUCGUCGUGUGAAUCAUUGUCAUGUUAAUUUAAAUUUGUAGCAACAGUCGUUUUCGUGAAGAACCAAUAUGUUUGUAUAGAAACAUUGAGCAUUAUUCAUUAAAAGAUAGAGGAGAGGAGAAGGAAAAACACGCUUAGAAUAAUUACUAGAUCGUAAAUAAGGAAAGAGAUGAUGAUUAUAAAUAGAACACAUACCCGUUUUGUACGAAUCGCUUGUGUCAUCAUAUUUGCUGCCAAGUAGUUCCUAAACAUGUGCAGAAGUAGACUUCCUCGGAAAGUCGAGAAGCGAGUAGUACUGGGUUUCACAUUGGUUCUUUUCAAGACGUGAGAUGAUGUAUAAAGAAGAAACAUAGCCGUUAAGUGUAACUUAAUUUAAUCGCCGAGUAAUUUGUGCGCAAACUGUGACAGAAACAGAUUUAUUAAUAUAACGAUUGUAUAGGUGUAGUGAUUAUAGGAUUAUAUAAUUUUCUUCAACAGAAACUGUCAGUAUAAGAGACAAUAUUUCAGAAAGGGAGGAAUUUCAGAAAUGAAGUCUGCAUUUUUCAAUGAGAGAAGAGGAUUAUAAACCAACUAUUUCGGUUUCUAUCACAGUUUCUAAGACAUUUUUAAGAACACUUAGCAUUCGGUGGGAAAACAAUUCCGCGACUAGAAGGUAAAAUUCUGCGUACGAUUUUUAACAUGCAGCAACAAAUCUUUUCAUUUUGUACUUUAGUACAAUCGUUUGCGUAACGACGAAAUUUUAAGUCGAAUAGAAUUUCAUAUCUCCAAAUGAGUUGGUAUUAAGGAAAACUGUUGUAUUGUAUUUCCAUCUUAAAUUAAAACAUGACUUAUUUACACGCUUUUUUUCUUUUAUACAACAAAUUUACUUGAAUGUGAGUUUGCCCAAAUACGUAAUUUAUUUUUAUUACCAUAUGUUGAUCGUAUAGAAAAAUUAUUCGAUUGUUUUGUCCACAAUUUACAUUUCAUAAAUACUUUAAUUUUUGUACAACUAAUUACUAAUGUCUGUGAUCGGUUCAUCUAUUACUUAGAUUUUACUGCUUAUGUUUUUGUAUCUGCUAUUGAUUUAAUUAACAUAAGUUUAGAGUUUUAAUCUGUUUAAAGAGCGUUUGAAAAUAUACUUUCAAUGCGUUAAAAUAA